CUCUCGUCUACCCUCUCCCCACCACUCCAGGCCGCGCGCACCACCUGUUCGGCCAAAUAUCCCACGCCGCUACAUAAACCCGCGCGCCAUUUCCCGCCUGCCUCCCCAAGCUACCCAGCUACCUACCUACCUUCCCCCUGCGCCGUCACUAGCGAACCGGCACCAUGCUCCGGGCGCUCAACCCGUCCCCGUCCCAGCUCCGCGCGCGUCCGGCGUGCCGCGCCGCGCCGCGCCGGCGCCCGCGCGGGGCCUGGGCGCGCCCCCGUGCCGCGGCGGUCCCGCAGCAGCCGCCGGUGCGCCGGCCCUCCGGAGACCGGCUGCGCGCGCCGUCACGGGGCGCCGCCGCCGCCGACCAGCUGCCGGCGCCUGAUGUUGGCGCGGCGGCGCCCGGGGCGCGGGGCGAGCUGGAGGCGUUCCUGGAGAUUGUGCCCGCGAGGAUGCGGCGCGGGCUGGCGCGGCACCAGGAGCUGCGGGACCUCGUCGAGGUCAUCAUGGACCUCGGCCGCCGCCCGAUCGCGCGGUUCCCGUCCGGGGACUGGGCCAUCUCCGACCAGCCCGUCACCGCCGAUGACCUCCGCCAGGCCGUCGCCAAGGUAGGUGACUUCUCUGAGGACAACCGAUCUGGGAUCAAUCACUCGUUGCACCGGAUCAGCGCUAUCCGGAACCGGAAAGCUCAAAUCAUAGGCCUCACUUGCCGUGUUGGUCGAGCUAUAUCUGGCAGUGCAGAGAUGAUCCGGGACCUUGUGGUGAGUGGUGGUUCAAUAUUGGUGAUUGGACCUCCUGGAGUUGGGAAAACCACUCUGAUCAGGGAAAUAGCUAGAAUUUUGGCAGAUGAAGGUAAGAAACGUGUGAUCAUAGUGGACACAUCUAAUGAAAUAGGAGGUGAUGGGGAUGUACCUCACUCUGGCAUUGGACGUGCUAGGAGAAUGCAAGUUCCCAAAGUUACUAUGCAGCACAACGUAAUGAUCGAAGCAGUUGAAAAUCACAUGCCGGAAGUAAUUGUUAUCGAUGAGAUUGGUACAGAACUUGAGGCAAUGGCAGCUACCACUAUUGCUCAGAGAGGUGUUCAACUAGUUGGAACUGCUCAUGGUGUGACAAUCGAGAGCAUAAUUAAAAAUCCUUGUUUGCAAAUGCUCGUUGGAGGGAUUGAGAGUGUGACUCUUGGUGAUGAGGAAGCAAAAAAGCGGAAGGUGCAGAAAACCAUUCUCGAGAGAAAAGGACCCCCAACAUUUUUAUGCGCUGUUGAGAUGAUAUCGAAAACUGAAUGUCGAGUUCAUCACAGGUUAGAUGCCACAGUGGAUGCUAUUCUUGCAGGGAAGCCUCCUAAGUUUGAAGCUCGCAAGAUGCAUAAUAAGUCUACCGAGUUUGAAAUGCCGUUGGUGAUACCUGAUAGAGAGUAUGAAAUAGAAUCACUGCCACUCUAUCAGGAAGUUAUGGUCACGAGGUCAUUAUCAUCAGAUGGCAACUUCAGCGAUGAUUUUGCUGCAUCCAGGCAAACAAAAAGCAAGAGUAUGCCAUCAGAAGAUAAUUUUGGUGAUAAUUUUGUUUAUACAAGGAAAGCAAAAGGGAAUAAACCUGUGCAUGGAAAGUCUCUAGUCCAAGUAUACACAUACCAGAUUUCAGAAGCUGAUAUUUUACAAGUAGCAACAAUGAUGGGAUUUGAUGAUGAACUAGAUGUAACAGAUGACAUUGGAGCAGCUGAUGUGAUUCUUGCAUCGAGUUCUGAAAUGAAGCAGAAUCCUUGGAUUCAUAAUGUUGCCAAAUACCACAAGCUUCCCAUAUUUGUUGUCAAGACUAAUACGAUGGCUCAAAUAGUUAAGGCUAUCAGAAUGAUUGUUGGAAGGGACAACACAUCAUCAAGUAAGCAGCCUGAGGUUAUGGAGGGAGAGAUAGAGAUUGAGGAUGAUGCUCCGAAACGUAAGCCAUCUUUGGAGGAAAUUGAUGCCUUGGAGGAGGCUCGUCUUGCAAUCGAGUACAUCGUUAUUCCAGGUGGGGAGCCAGUUGAGCUCCUCCCAAGAUGUUCAGAAAUAGUUGCUCGGCAGCUGGAGCUCGUAGAGAGCUACCAGCUACUUGCUGAAACCUUUGGAAGUGACUCCAAUUCUAGGUUACAGAUUCUCCCCAUGAAAAUAACCAAGAGGGGUUCUAGUAAAGACAAUGGAGCAUCAAAGCCCACUAAACAAACCGGAUCAGAUUUGAUCGUCAGUGAGAAUGGUGGUGGCUCAAGUUUUUCUCGGCUGCCAUUUCUGCCAAAGUGAUCGUCUAGAUCUUCUGAUCACCACUGUCGAAAAUGUACAUCAUUCCUCUCUCUUGUUGUUCAUUGUACAACAUUGUGCAGUGUUGUAAAUAGUGUGUCGAAUGUUGAAGAAGCGAAAGAGCAAAAGCUAACUGCAAUUGCCUUCCAUUCUUUUGCUGGAAUAAAAUCCGUUCAUUUCUGGUGUC